UCCAACUUUUCAAAGGCCUAAAUUCCAUUAAUGAUACUUCAAUUUCUUUCAUCUUAGCCUCAAUUUUCUCCUCUAUUCGCUUCUUCUUUUAGGGUUUUCCCACCGUGCUGCCAUUUAUCUUUUCUCUUUCUUUCUCUAAUCGAAACCUUCUGAAAUCCAUCCGCUUCAGUUUCUCUUCUGCCAUUUUAAUGAAUGUGUUUAUUGGAUGCUUUGGUAAACAGUGAUGCGCUUAAAGUCAGCAAGAUUCUUUUCUUUUGAAAUAACAUAGUCGAUGGCAGGUUUAUUAUUGUGUGAUACUGAGCUGUGAUGAACAUUUAGGUCUGUGGGUUCAGAAGGGUUGUUUUUAUCGAGUAAACAAAUGGAAACAGUAGGGUGUUGGUUCAACAAGUUGAAGUCGAAAGAUAAGAUAUGGUCUUCAAAAAAGAAAGAAGCUGCAGGUAAUGCAAAAGAGGGGUCUAAACCACCAACAGGUGAAGAGUUACCAUCGGAUGUCACCAAACAGCGUGUAGAAGCUGCGAAGCAGUACAUUGAGAACCAUUACAAGAAGCAGAUGAAAAGCUUGCAGGAAAGAAAGGAGCGACGUGAUAUUCUAGAAAAGAAGUUGGCUGAUGCUGAAGUCUCUGAAGAAGAACAAAACAACUUACUGAAGUAUUUUGAGAAGAAGGAAACAGAAUACAUGCGUCUUCAGAGGCAUAAAAUGGGUGCUGAUGAUUUUGAGCCAUUGACCAUGAUUGGAAAGGGUGCAUUUGGAGAGGUUAGAAUCUGUAGGGAGAAGGCAACUGGUCAUGUUUAUGCUGUGAAGAAGCUUAAGAAGUCAGAGAUGCUUCGUAGAGGCCAGGUUGAACAUGUAAAAGCUGAGAGAAAUCUACUUGCAGAGGUUGACAGUAACUGCAUUGUCAAACUUUAUUGUUCCUUCCAAGACGAAGAGUAUCUGUAUCUCAUUAUGGAAUAUUUACCUGGGGGAGAUAUGAUGACUUUACUGAUGCGGAAGGAUAUACUAACUGAAGAUGAAGCCAGAUUUUAUGUUGGAGAAACUGUCCUGGCAAUUGAAUCAAUCCACAAACAUAAUUAUAUUCAUAGAGACAUCAAACCUGACAACCUGCUACUCGAUAGAAAUGGCCAUAUGAAAUUAUCGGAUUUUGGAUUAUGUAAACCUUUGGAUUGCAGUAAUCUCCAGGAAAAGGAUUUUUCUACAGCAAUCAAUCUCAGUGGGGCUCUUCAAAGUGAUGGGCGGCCUUCUGCACCAAAACGCACACAACAAGAGCGGUUGCAACAUUGGCAGAGGAACAGAAGGAUGCUUGCUUAUUCUACGGUCGGUACACCUGACUAUAUCGCUCCAGAGGUUUUGCUGAAGAAAGGAUAUGGAAUGGAAUGCGAUUGGUGGUCUCUUGGUGCUAUCAUGUAUGAAAUGCUUGUUGGAUAUCCGCCCUUUUAUUCGGAUGAGCCAAUGUCAACCUGUCGAAAGAUCGUAAAUUGGAGAACCCACUUAAAAUUUCCAGAAGAAGCAAAACUAUCCCCAGAAGCAAAAGAUCUUAUCAGUAAACUUCUAUGCAAUGUUGAACAGAGGGUUGGCACAAAAGGCGCACAUGAAAUUAAGAAUCACCCUUGGUUUAAGGGUGUUGAAUGGGACAAAUUAUAUCAAAUGAAAGCUGCAUUUAUUCCUGAAGUCAAUGAUGAGUUGGAUACACAAAAUUUUGAGAAGUUCGAAGAGGUUGACAACCAAAUUCCAUCUGCAGCAAAAUCAGGUCCAUGGAGAAAGAUGCUGUCAUCCAAAGAUGUAAACUUCGUUGGUUACACAUACAAGAACGUCGAAAUUGUAAAUGAUAAUCAGUUACCUGGAAUCGUUGAAUUGAAGAAGAGGAGCUCGAAACCGAAGAGACCAUCCAUCAAAUCCCUUUUUGAGGAUGAGUCGGCCACAGCUGCCGGUCAACCUGUUCAAGGGAGCUUCUUAAACCUCUUGCCACCGCAAAUAGAAGCCCCUGAGAAUGUUUCGAGAAAAUGAAUUCCUCGAUAUCUGUGCAAUUGGUGGAUGCAGAGAUGGAAAGAAAAUGAAAUGGCGUUUGUUUUGCAGUCUUAACAUUUCAGAUUUUCAAUGGGAAGUGGUUUGGGAUUUGAAUAGAUUGGCUGUAUGAAUCAGGUAUAGGAGAUUUGUUCCAUGUACGAUAAUAUCUGGAAAAAGUAAAUAUUCUUUCAUAUUUGUUUGUGUAAUUACUAUUUUUAUUUAUUUUCUUUGUCUUGUCAUCUCA